AUGACGUCACUCUACCAAUGGACUUGCUCCUCUAGAACGCAAUCGACUCCCUCUCCAACAAUCCCCGGUGACUUCGACCGCGACGAAGAAGACGAGAUAGACCAAGAACUCCAAGACGACUUCGACAAAGAACCGAUCCCUUCAAUUGCCGAAGAACGCACUUCGUCCCCCGAGCUUCUAGGCCUCAAUACUUCUGACUACGACACUUCGACUCCUGAUCUUUUCGAACAAUCCGGUUCUUCGCCCGAACCCGAGGAUCCCAUCCCAUCUACUUCGAAUCUCGAACUCCCAACUCUGUUGUCUUUUUGCGCCCACGCUCAGCCGCCCAUCACAUCCUCUUCGCGACUUUCAAUCAUACCUUCAUCCGACCUGGCACCUCCGCCACCAUUAACACCUUCGAACGCAGCUUCGAACUCCAACCCCGCACCGCCCGCUCCUACGAUUCCUUCGACUACUACCACGUCCUCUUCGAGCCCAGCUCCUAUCAACACUACGAACAUGAGCCAGAACACGAACACACCGUUGAUGCCCCCGCGCGGUCAUGCGACAGCACCAAGCUUCAACCUAUCGGAAGUCCGUUCGCUUCAGCGUUACUUCCAGGACCUCGAAGCAUUGUUCACCCGGUGUCAGAUUACCGACGAAGCAGCCAAGAAACAGUGGGCCGUUUGGUAUCCUUCGAUCGACAGCUACAACGACUGGAAAGCCGACGUACGAGCACUCUAUCCUGGCGCCAACGAUACAAGAAAGUGGUCGCUGGCGGACAUGGACCAGCUCAUUGGAGAACGCGCUCGUAUCGGGAUUCACAAUGCGGCAGACCUAGGCUGCUAUUACCGCGACUUCAUGGCCAUUACAAAACAUCUCAUCGCACAGCACUGGCUCUCCCCUAUCGAACAAAGUCGCGCAUUUCUUCGAGGUUUCCAGCCAGCGUUGCUCACACGGCUCGAGACCCGACUGCAUCUCAAGCACCCCGAUCACUACGCCGACGACCCAUACACCAUGGCAGAGAUUCACGCGGCGGCUACUUUCAUUCUACACGGUACAUUGAGCACACCUACGACAGCGGCUAACCAAGCUACCGCUUCGACAUCGAGCACUUCGACAACGGUGCCUCCCGGGAUGAUCAAAACCGAAGACAUCUCGAUGAUCAUCGAAAGCCUGUCGAGGACGAUCGCAACACUCAUUCAGCCGACGACGCACGCUAUGCACAACCACGCCCCCGCACCGAGACAACAAGCUGCCGUCCACGUCCAUGAGAACAGCAGAGCAGAACAGAUGUGCCAUUACUGCGGCAAUCAUGGCUGCAGGGUAGGCACCUGCGAGUUCACGGAGAUCGACAUCCGGGACGGCAAGUGCAAGCGUAACACCGACGGAAAGAUCGUCCUUCCGAACGGAAGUUUCUGCCUCUGCACUAUCCCUGGUCUCACAAUACGAGAUCGAAUCUACGAGUGGCAUAGAAGAAAUCCCGCAGCACCCGCCGCUCCGACGAUGCUCUUUGAGAUCGAUGAUCGCUCGACUAUGCAAACCUUCACGCUCAACACCAGCAGCAGGAUCGAGGCGCUCGAGCGAGAACUCCUUCAGCUUCGGAAGCGAAGGGAGAGCACGGAAGCCUCGGGAUCUGGUACAUCGAAAGGAGUGGCGGUGCCCCCGAGCACUUCGACAAGCACGGCCCUGCCUUCGACGAUACCAGCAGCACCACCCGCGUCGUCUUCUACCCCGCCUACGCAAUCCACAUCUCGACCUACUACUACGUCCGCUCCUCCAGCACCACCAGUACACCCCUUCGCAAACGCGCGCGACGCAACCUACGCCCCACCGAACGUUCGAAACUUCGCAACUCCGCCAAAGCCCUCAAACGACAAGGGCAAGGAACCAGCGUACAAGACCAUCAUCCCCGUUAUCCAGCCGAAGCUCGCCGAAGAGAUCUUCCAGCGUUUGAUGAAGUCGCCGUUCGUCACGCUGACCCCAGAAGAGUUGCUGUCAAUCGCGCCCGACGUUCGAAACAAGUACCGCGACGCCGUCACCCCUAAGCGAGUCUCGACGGAACCCGUUGCGUUGGCCCACAUCGUAGAAAUCGGCGCUGACGAGGUCACAGCCGUCAACCAGCUCUCGUGUUCAGGUGCAACGUUGGAACCUGGUGCUACAAUCGUACCCAACCCCUAUGAAACCUAUCUGAAGCACAUCCCUCACGGCGAGCACCCCGCAGAAUUCACCGUUGCCCGUGAUUCGAAUGCGAUUCGUUCGAUCAUCGCGUUGAUCGACAACAAAGAGCAGAUCGAAUGCAUCGUCGACCCAGGAUCACAGAUCGCCACCAUGUCGGAAGAGGUCUGUCUGGGCCUCAACCUCCUCUUCGAUCCUACUAUCCAGUUGAACAUGCAAUCGGCGAACGGCGAGGUGGACUGA